AUGCCAUCAGCGUCUUUUAAGUCUACUAUCAGCGUCACGCAUAUCUCCACGGCGACGGCCAUUUUGUCCAUCGACGACGUCAAUUUCCUCCUCGAUCCUGCUUUCGGUAAAAGCGGUGUGUUUGAGCAGAGAAAUGGAGUGCUGCUUACCAAGACUAAAGAUCCUGCUCUAGGACUUGAAGACUUGCCCGUGAUCCACGCCAUUCUUCUCAGCCAUGAAGACCACGUCGACAAUCUCGAUGCAUCGGGUCGAACCAUGUUGAAUGGUCGCUCUGUCUUCACAACCCUUGACGGUGCCAAGAACUUGUCUCCUCGUCCAGGCGUUUGCGGUCUAGCGCCGUGGGAGUCGGUAGAGGUGACUCUAAAUGGACAGCAGUUCAAGAUCACGGGGACCCCUACGCAACAUUGGCUUGUUGGAGAAUGCACGGGUUUCGUCCUUGAGUCACCUUCUUUCGGCGUGAAUGACGCUGACGGUCUGCCAAACGUAGUGUACGUUUCGGGUGAUACGGUGCACAUUCCCGAGUUGGCAGACCGGUUGCCCGAGAAGUACCACAUUGUUGUGGCGUUGCUAAAUCUCGGCAAGGCCAUUUUCCCGGUUCCAGGUGGACAGCUUCAGAUCACCAUGGGCGCUGAACAAGCUGCCAAGUUGACGAGUGACAUUGGAGCAGAGAAGAUGGUGCCGCUACACUAUGAGUCGUGGAAGCACUUUACGGAAUGUGAUGACGACGUCCGUGUAGUGCUGUCUGCGGAUGCGGCAGUCAAGGACAAGGUCAUCUUUGUGGUCCCUGGUAAGAAGACCACCAUCGUGUAA